AUGUCUCUCCCUCAUCCGAAUGAGGCUCUAAAUGCAGCCACCAACACGACCGCAUUUCAUGGUGGUUCUGGGACAACCACCACCCUACUACACCAUCCUACGACGACUACUCCUCAUGAAGAGUCGACCUCGUCACCAUCACAUUUACCCUCUCCUUCAAAACCUUAUGAACAUGUGCUGCAACUUCAUCACGUGCAUCGUAGCACUGAAAGCAACAACUCCGAUCAAGAUUCCAAUCAAUCCGAUGAAAGUAGUCUCCCACCACCACCACAUACGUUGAAUGAGCUUUUGGAAACUGCAGAACAUGCGGUGAAAGACAAGAUCGAGGUAGUGCUGCCUGAUGAGAAGAGGUAG